AGCAGACGUUACGCAAGCAUAAUCAGGUUAAAGUCAGCAGCAGUUUAAGCAGUUUGGCCACACAAGAUUUGAGCAAUGGCAGAUAAGGAGCUUGGCAGGGUACGGUCAGACUUUGUGACGAGUGUGUCCAAAGCGGUUAUAAAGCUGCUGCUUGACGACCUCGUAGAAGAUCGUGUGCUGAAUGACAUGGAGAGCGAGUCAAUACUUGAAGAGAAUGACAGCAGAGCUGACAAGGCGCGCUGUCUCAUCGACAUUGUCAAGAAAAAAGGAGACACAGCCAGCAGCAAGAUGAUCGUUCACCUUAAAAGUAGAGACUCUUCACUUUACGAAAAGCUUGGUUUGUCUUGCAGUCAGCCUUCUCAGGCAGUCCCAGCUCCAGAUCCUCGGAAGCCGCCGGAAUGGUCUGAUACACUGAUCCACACGACUGAGCAGUUCUGGAAGAUGAAAAUGGAUGAUAAAAGUAUUUACCAUGUGACCAAAGACGCCUUUAAAAAUCGUGUAGCUCUGCUGAUCACUAACAUAAAGUUUACUGAUGGGAAAUUCAAUAGAAAUGGAGCUGAGAAAGAUGAGGAGAACAUGAGGAAGCUGCUCUCUGCUCUGGGUUAUGAAGUGGUGAAAUACACAAAUCUCACAGGAAAGGCAAUUAAUAAGGCUCUAAGUGACUUCUCCAAACAUCCAAAACUCAAAGUUACAGACAGUGUGUUGGUGGUUAUAAUGUCUCAUGGGAAGCUAGGAGCAGUCCUUGGUGUUGACUGCAAAGAACCCCUUUGUGAUAAUGAGGAACAAGAUGCAUUCGAGGUGAACAACAUUUACAAGCAGUUGAGCUCAGACAAGUGUCCUGCACUUCUGAACAAACCCAAGAUCAUCAUCAUCCAGGCCUGCAGAGGAGAGGAGAGAGGAGCUGUGCUUGUUAGUGACUGUGCAAAGCCAGAUCUGGUCUGUGAUGACUUGAAACAGCCAAGUCCAUCCCUAUGUGCUGAUGAAGAGGGCUUAGAAGACGACACUCUACGAUGUGUACACAAGGAAAAAGACUUCAUUUCUCUUCUCUCCUGCACUCCAGAUACUGUGUCAUAUAGAGACAAGAAUCAAGGGUCUAUCCUCAUCCAGUACAUUGUUCAGGUUUUCAACACCUUUGCACAUCAAGACGACGUCGAGGAGCUCUUUAGAAAAGUGAUGCAACGCUUUGAAGACUUCGAGGUUCAAAACAGGAGACAGAUGCCAACAAAAGACAGAUGCACAUUGACAAGACGCUUCUACUUCUUUCCAGGCCUCUGAGAUAUUUUUCACUGUUAUUUAUCUCAACUUUGCAGCCAUCAUUUCAGUUGAUGUUUUUAGUGCUCAGAGUUAGGUCAUUUUGUCAUUUCCAAAGAACUACAAAGAGAUGCAAACCUAGAAACAAAGUAAAUGCAAAAAGAUGAUAUGACCUCACAGUUAGACAAAAAUGGCCACAAUAAGAUGCAAAAUAGCUACAAACAGAUCGAAAAUACAAUGAUAAUAAAAAUUUAAAAAGAAUGAAGCAAAGCUGCCAUCUGUCUGUCUCUUUUGUUUAAAAAAAAUUCCUGAUGAUAUUUCUAGCUUAUGUGAGACCCAUCCACACAAAACACAUCAACAGUGAAAUAUCCUCUAUGUGGCAAUUGGCAACAGUUGGAUGGACGAACUGGAAAAGACAUCCAGCAGAAACAGGGUCAGAGAGGGACAGUCAUACUCUCUUCCACAGUAUGUCUUUGUCCUAUCUUCCUCCCUUCACCCCAACCGGUCACAGAAGAUGGCCACCCCUCCCUCAGCCUGGUUCUGCUAGGGCUUUCUUCCUGUUAUAAGGGAGUUUUUCCUUCCCAUUGUCGCUAAACCCCUUGCUUGCAUGAUUGUUGGGUUUUUCUCUGUUUUCUUUGUAUUAUUGUUUUUGUAUUAUUCUAGAGUAACAUGUAAAGUAUCCUGACAUAACUGUUGCUGUG